GAAUCGCUUGGAGUCGAAUUCGGAACAUUGGAAUGCGUUGUUGUUGUCACUACGCGAACUCACCGAAUGGGUUAUACGCAAAGACACCGAACAAUCGUCGCUGAGCGUUGGUCCGCUGAUGGGCGAUGCUGCGAGUCUGCAAAAACAAUUGGAUGAUCAUAAAGCCUUUCGACGUCAACUGGAGGACAAACGUCCCAUUGUCGAAAGCAAUUUAUUGAGUGGACGUCAGUAUAUUACAAGUGAGCCGCCAGUAUCGGACAACAGUGAUACGGAAGCACACGACACCGAUUCCCGUUACUUAAGCGCUGAGGAACAAAGCCGCGAGCUAACGCGCAGCAUUCGCCGUGAAGUCGUCAAACUCUCCGAGCAAUGGAACAAUCUAAUCGAUCGCUCUGACAAUUGGAAGCAUCGCCUGGAUGAAUAUAUGACG